GAUGAACUGAGGAGGAUGUAUAUCCGGAUAUGCCAGGAGAAGGGCUCAGAGCCUCAGGACUCAGUGCUACGGGAGCUGCAAGAACACAGGGACACCUCUACACGACAGCGGCUGGAUGUAUCCACCCAGACCCUCUCGCUGGAGUCCUGUCAAGUCCUGGGUCUCCUUCUGGAGAAUGAUGUGACCUUUACCCACGUCAUACUCAGUGACUGCAUGCUCAAUGAGGAAGGUGCCAAGCUCAUUUUACAAGGCCUUCGCUCAAACUCCGUGGUUAAGUACUUAGAUAUGAAGGGUAACAAUCUACGCGGUGAUAGUGCGGAGGCCCUUGGGAAGCUCUUGAGACAAAAUUCUUCAAUCACCAGCCUGAUUCUGGAGUGGAACAACCUGGGAAUGUGGGAAGAAGGAUUCUCUAUGUUCUGUGAUGGACUCAGCUGCAACCAGACUCUGCAGAAGCUGGAUCUUCGCAACAAUCAGAUCAAUCACAAAGGAGGAGAGGAACUGUCUACGGCUUUGAAACGGAACUUCACCCUCCAAGAAAUAGACUUGCGUUGGAAUAAUAUUGGACUCCUUGGAGGCAGAGCCAUCCUUAACUGUUUACAGAACAAUCGGAGCAUCAUGAAGAUGGAGUUGUCUGGCAACAAUAUCCCUAGUGACAUCUUAAAGACUAUCGAGCAGGGUGUCGAUCACAACCAGGAUCGACUGACAGUGAGGAAGGAUCAUGUGAACCAGAGACAGAUCCUGACAAAGGAAGUCCAGAAUCUGAAACAGGAGAAGAACAAGCAGUUUCUGGACUUGAUGGGAACCAUUGACAAGCAGAAAGAGGAGAUGUGUCGUAGCACCAGGACGACAACCUUACAAAUCGGUAAACUCCAGGAAGCGCUAGAGGAUAGGAAAUCUGUUGUAAAUUCACUGACAACCAAGCUGCACAUGGCCGACGCUGCUCUGACCCUUUCACAACAGAAAGCACAAGACCUGGAGCUGAUUCUCACUCAGACAAAGCGGGACGGUGCCAACUUGCGGGAACAACUCGCUAAAGAGCUGCGAAAGGACAAGGAGGAGUUUGCAACACGUGAGCUGAGACUUAGGCAGGAACUGGCAGCUGCCAAUGAGAAAACCCUCGUCUACCGCAGCAAGGUGGAGGAGCUGGAGAGGAAGGGUUCAGGACAGCAGGAACAGCUUUUUGAGCUAAAGCAGGAACUGACCAACACAAGUGCAGAGCUCAAGCUUCGAGCAAUUCAGGCAGAAGAGCGUUUGGAAGCAGAAAAAAAGAGAUUCCGACAGGCCCAGGAUGAUGCCAGUGUUCUGCGGCAGAAAGAAUCGGAGCACAUGACCCGCCACCUGGAGGACAACGAAAGAGCGGCGCAAGAAAGAAUUCAGCGGAUUGAAGCCACAAAAUUAGCGCUCGAGGAGGAACUGAACAGGAUGAAGAUGACGCUGGCGAAUGAGCGUGCUCAGACGGAAGAAGAGAUCCAGAAGGCACGGAGUGCUGCUCAGCAGGAAGAGCACCAGCACUCCACUGUCCUGCAGGACAAGAUCCGAACCCUGACCCAAUCCCGAGACCAGUCUCAGGCUCAGGUCCUGCAGCAGAAGCAGCUGGCAGGGGAGCUACAGGCCCAGAACAACCAGCUCGGCUUAGAGAUCGAAGGUUUGAAAAGACGCAUUGAUGGAUUGCAGCAGGAGAUUUCUAAGAAGGAUCAAGAGAGGCUCACCGAAGUCACAAAGGUUCGAGUGGAGUUACAGGAACAGAUUGGACACCUGGAGGCUGAGCUCACCACCCAGGAAGGUUUUAAAGAAAAGAUCUCGGCACUGGAGAGACAACAGAAAGCACAGGCCAACACCCAUCGUGAGACGUUACUGGACAAAGAAAGUGAGAUCUCCUCUCUGAUGGAGAAGCUGAGGCUGAAAGAUGCUGAGAUCCUGAGGAUGAGAGAUCAAGAGGCGCAGAGAGCGAGCCUCCUACAGAGCGCAGUCCUGAACUACAUCAGUACUCCGCUUGGCUCACCUGGUGGAAGAACAUGA